AUGUUCUCACGCAGCAAUGGAAAUCUCCUCUUGCUGGAACAUCCUCUUCUACAAUUGACAACAGCGAGAGGUAAUCGUGAACGAACGAAAUGGGACGAAUUUCCAGUGCUGGGCCCCGCCUUGAACAUCAAGAGGAAGCUCCUCGAACAUCAAGAGCACAGCUUCGCCCCGGACCUCAAGAGACAGCUUCAUCUGGAACACCAAGAAGGUAGCUUCGCCUCGGACCUCAAGAAGGCAGCUUUGCCUUAG